UCAGUAUUGCGCCUGUUCUAUCCAGUGCCUCGUGCUGAUGAAACGUAAAUGCGAGUGAACGAGUGUGCAACAUACCAAAACCACUGGAAAUACCGACAUUACCGUGUUUUCUACGAUUGAGGGAUUGAUUUACUGUGUUUUUCAACAGUUUUGUGGUUAUUCCCCGUGGGCCGUGUUGCGGGGNGGGGGGGGGGGGGGGGGGUAGCGAAUGGUGGACGCGACAAUGGUCCGGGAAGGGUAUCUCGUCGUCGGAACACUCCGCGAGUGAUAAAACCCAAUGCCAAGUGUUCACAGUUGAUUGUUCAACACCUCUGACGAUGAAUAUCGAAUGUUUCACUGCAGAUACACACAUCGCCCCAUCAUGCCCGUAAAAUCCCUAAACGUAUCCUACCCCCAGGAAGAUCUUGAUGUCAUCAACUCUAAGAUGAACGUGGACGAGACGAUUCAGCCAGAUUCUAUGGGCUACAACGACAGUUGCGGGGAGGCAUGCAAUUCGUCAAGACCAACGUCCUCAGCGGACUCCCUCAACCAUUCGGAGAGUGCGUCUUCCCAGGACGACAACGACGUGUUUGCUCAACUUGAAGAAACAGCCUUGUUAGACCGCAUCGAGGAGAAGGUGAAGAGGAUCGAGGUGAAAGAGACACCACCUGCCGAGCCACCCCCAGUCCCCAAAUCACCAGUCCUAGGGGAGAUCAAGAAUCAGAGGAGUAUGGAGAACAUUAGGAAGCCUAAAGUCGUCACCAGGGGGGAUCUCAAGUUCUUUCCUGGAGCGAAACUUGAGGCUAAGGAUUUUAAUGAUCAGUGGUAUGCAGCACGAGUUGUCGAAACAGACUGGGUGGAUCGAGAAGUGUUGAUACAUUUCGAUAAAUGGAACUCGAGGUUUGAUGAGUGGAUUCCUAUGGACAGUCCCAGAUUGAGGGUACUCCAGGUGUUACUCAGCGAACAAGCGAAGCUUGAUUGGGUCAUUGCAACUCCAGAUCCAAAGCCUCGAGGUUUUUCAACAGGCGAGAGGAUCCUGGCCACAUGGGCAGAUGGCCGCAAGUACCCAGCCACAGUAAAAGCAGUCUUAGGAAACGAUCGUUACGACGUUUUAUUCGACGAUGGUUAUGCCAGAGUCGUUCGCUCAUCGAAGAUGACUAAAAUCGCUGGAGCAGUGGAGAAGUCAAGUACCCAGCAGCGGUUACCGAUGGAACCCGAGACAUAUAUAGGAAGUAAACAAGAGAGAAGAGACAAAAAACGAAAGCACACAGUGACAGAAUUAUUCAAUAGUAGAAAACGCACAAAGGCAGACAAGGAAGGGCCCUUGAAGAAAGAAGAGAUGCCUGACGCCCCAGAACAAGAAUCUGAAAUUCUUGAGGCCAGUGGAGUAGCCCCGAGCUACGACUCUGGGCCAGAGAUGCUGAAGGGUUUCCCAAGUCCUAAGAAAGCUAAGAACUUCUCCAAGAAGAAGAGGCAACCAGAGUACCCCAAGGUGGUGGACACGGAUCAGGAUCUGGAGGACGAUCCAGGGCCUGAGUGGGUGAAUGGAGAGCCUCAGGGGAUCGAGGCCUUCACCACUGAUGGAAGCAGAAGGUCUGUCAUUGUUCCUGAUAAGAGAUUACCUGCUGGAUGGCAGAAGCAUUUUGUACAGAGAAAGACUGGGAAUUCUGCUGGGAAGUGGGACGUUCUCUUCGUUCACAAAUCAUCUGGAAAAAAGUUUAGAUCCCGAAGUGACUUAAAGACCUUCUUCGAGGGUCAGGGUCAGAUGCACUACAACACCGACAUGUUUGACUUCUGCAUUCACCGAAGGAAAAAGUCCGGAGGAGGAAGAAACUAUUCGGUGAAGGCGGAGAGUCCUGUAGACACCCCAAAGAAGAUCAAGACACUUCUGCCGAAGGCUAAGACCAGUCCUACUGCCACUGUGGGCUCUGAAAAUCUUCUGCUCAGUCCUGCUAAUUCUCCGUAUUCCCCAGCACCUGUUAAUGCUCCUGGGGUUGCCACUCCCACUGAUCCAAGUGGAGUCAUUUAUUCGGUAUUCGUGGGAGGCCUUCGUGUAGAGAUGGAAGACGGUGCCUUCAAGUGUCCCAUCGAAGGCUGUGCGAAGACCUUCCGCAAGGAGAAUCUUCUCCAAAUGCACAUAAAGCACUACCACAAGGAAUACUCGCAAUACGUGGGCUCCACCCCCAACGUAGCGGAUUUGGCGUACGCUAGGACUAUUGGGGAGUCCAUCCAAGACGUCACUCCCAAGAAAACCGCUGACAAACGCAAAUCCCUGCCGGAGAGGUCCAUUCACUCGUUCUCCUCAAUAUCGCCACUCACUGCCCCAAUUCAAAACACUACGAUUUCUGAUGGAAACACAACUCGCGAGGAUUCCAAGCUCGAGAUGAUGUCACCGAUGUCGAAUUCCAGCAUGGAUAUCACGGAUGAUGGGGUCCAGAGGACGGAAAUUGGAGCCAUGUCCCCAGGUGCAUUAUUCGAUAUGAAAAUUCGAGAAGAGAAGACUCAAGUGGGGAUUAAAACUCUCCUCCCUGUGAGGCCCAGUGCAACAGACCCCCAGAGGACAGAUCGGUCAAAGUCUGUCGACGAAUCGAAUAAUUUUGAUAAAUUGAAGGGCCAGAGGAAACGACAUUUGUCCGAAUACAGCUCUGACACUUCUACAAAAAGCAGGAAACCCAAGGGCAUACAGGAGUUUACCGAGGAGUAUGGAGAUCUGGAUGACAGUGCCCUGGAUGCUGAAGGACCUGCUGGACUCGUGUACAGAUAUAGUCGGAGGAAAUCUGACCCAAAAAGUGAUGAGAACAGUCAGAGCAACGGUGAAGGUGCGAUGAUAGAAGUAAAUGGUGAGCUAGUGAAAGUCGAGCAACUAGAAAGAGAAGAAAUAAUAAAUUGCACAUGUGGAAUAACCGAGGAGGACGGUUUGAUGGUUCAGUGUGAAUUAUGCCUGUGCUGGCAGCAUGGCCACUGCAGUGCUAUCGAGCGAGAGCGAGAUGUCCCUGAGAAGUACGUAUGCUACAUCUGCAGGAAUCCUUGGAGAGGCAGGUCCUCCAUGAAGUACAGCCACGACCAGGACUGGAUAAAAGAAGGGAAGCUAGAGAUCCUGGAGAAUAGAACAAGGGAUUUGGAGGCGAUAAACAAGAGAACAGCAAUGUUGAAGAGGUCCUGGGACCUGGUGGGGGCACUAAUCCACAUCCAGGAGACCCUCCACAGUCUGAGGGUCAAAAUCAAUGUGGCCCAGAAGAAAGAUCACCCUAAGCUCUACCUAUGGGCCAACAACUGGGAGAAAUCCGAGAUUCCAGACGUCAAUUUGGAUCCUGUCCCAAUCAUGAAGGUUCUCCUUCCUAAAACCGAGGCUGAGGAUGUUUUUGUAGACCCUAAAGUGAAAAAUGAAGAGACUAAUGAUGAUAAAGCUGGCAGAAGUGAUAACGAGGGGAAAUCGAUAGCUUCUGAUUCAGAGCUGAUGAAGAUCCUGGAGGAGGACAAUUCUGUGAUAGGCAAUCAGGGAAACGAUGCAAAGGGAUGUAAAAAGGAAGAGGAGAAGGCUGAGGGACAUAUUUUGCUGGACGCCUUGACUAGGGGCGAGGGGAAGGAGGAGCUGAAGACAGAGGAGAAGCCUGACGUACCUUUUGAGACUGUCAAACAGAUGCAGCCUGUUGUACCUGAGCCUGAGGCACCUAUCGACCCUUAUGAGUGCAGGCUGAGGCUGUUGGAGCAUAUCGAACAUUUUCAGAAUCAUCUGGAUGCUAAGUUGAUGGAGGUGGAGGCACAAGUCGAUG